AUGCACCCAAUCCUCCUCCUCCUUCUCCUCCUCCUCCUCAACACCCACCCCAUCCUAUCCCAACGAACCCCUACCGAAAACCUCGUGCUGGCAGACUGCGGCAUCGGCCUCGGGCACGCCGGCGGCUCGACCUCCCGCGAAAUGAUUUACUACGCCAGCGACGUCUGGACCGGCAACGGGCUCGACACCUACAGACCAACAAUGAUGGUGAACGUGCCCUGGAGCGGCUCGUACCCCUGGGGCCAAGCGGGCGGCGUAAGCGCGCGCAUGCCCAACGGCGACGUCUUCAGCGUGCACAUCAAUCCGGCCAUCAGGGACCCGGAUCCCGCGGGCGACGCCUGGCACGCCUAUGAGAUGCACCUCCCGCUGAAGUGCUACAGCUACCAUUGGGAUAAGCUGUACAGGCUCGAUGAUGGGAAGUGGUGUGCUUCUGCGUAUGUUUGUAAUCAUCGUGGGACGGCGUAUGUUAGGCCUGGGGGGAAUCCUCCUGCGCCGCCGCCGCCUGCUGGAGGGGGUGGUGGUGCUGGGGUUGUUUGUGAUGCGUUGUGA